GCUCCCCCCGCGCCGCUCCCGCCCCGGCCGGGCCGGCCCAGCGCCGCGGGCCGCUCCGCUCCGCAGCCCCGCCGCGAUGUGGCUGGGCCCCGAGGAGGUGCUGCUGGCCGGCGCGCUGUGGGUCACCGAGCGCGCCAACCCCUUCUUCCUGCUCCAGCGCCGGCGGGGACACGGCAAAGGGGGCGGCCUCACGGGUCUCCUUGUGGGAACACUAGACGUGGUUUUGGAUUCCAGUGCCAGAGUUGCCCCAUACCGGAUUCUGCACCAGACUCAGGACUCUCAAGUGUACUGGGCAGUGGCCUGUGGAUCAUCUCGUAAAGAGAUCACAAAGCAUUGGGAAUGGCUGGAGAAUAACUUAUUGCAGACCCUGUCCAUCUUUGACAAUGAAGAAGAUAUCACCACUUUUGUCAAGGGCAAGAUACAUGGCAUUAUUGCUGAGGAGAACAAGAAUGAGCAGCCCCAGAGUGAAGAGGAUCCAGGUAAAUUCAAAGAGGCUGAACUGAAGAUGCGGAAGCAGUUUGGGAUGCCCGAGGUGGAGAAAUUGGUCAAUUAUUAUUCCUGCAGCUAUUGGAAGGGACGUGUCCCCAGGCAGGGCUGGCUGUACCUCACUGUCAACCACCUCUGUUUCUACUCCUUCCUGCUGGGCAAAGAGGUUACACUGGUGAUCCAGUGGGUGGAUGUAACCCAGCUAGAAAAAAAUGCUACCCUGCUGUUUCCUGAGUGCAUUAAAGUAAGCACGAGGGACAGUGAACUCUAUUUUUCCAUGUUUCUCAACAUCAAUGAGACGUUCAAGCUGAUGGAGCAGUUGGCCAACAUUGCAAUGCGGCAGCUGCUGGAUAAUGAAAGCUUCCUCCAGGACAAGUCUCUUCCAAAGCCCAGAAGGCCUCUUAAGAACAUCUCUGCAUUAAAAAGAGACCUGGAUGCUCGAGCCAAAAAUGAGUGCUACCGUGCCACUUUCCGGCUGCCCAAGGAUGAAUGCCUGGAUGGACAUACAGAUUGUACCUUGUGGACACCAUUCAACAAGAUGCAUAUUCCUGGCCAGAUGUUUGUUUCCAACAACUACAUCUGUUUUGCCAGCAGGGCAGAGGAGGCCUGUCAUCUCAUCAUUCCUCUCAGGGAGGUGACAAUAGUUGAGAAAGCAGAUAGUUCCAGUGUCUUGCCCAGCCCUCUGUCCAUCAGUACUAAGAGUAAAAUGACCUUCUUCUUUGCCAAUCUGAAAGACCGGGAUUUCUUGGUACAGAGGAUCUCUGACUUCCUGCAGAGAACACCAUCCAAGAAGCCGUGUGGCAUCGACAGGGAAUGGAAGUGGAACAUGGCUGAUCCCAGCAGCGAGGAGGUUCCAGAGCUGCCUUCCAGCAGCCCCCUGGCUGUCAGCCCCACGUCUGCUCUCAGCCAUCGACCUGUCAGCUUCUGUGCUGGGCAAGUGCCAACAGCCUCUCAGGGACUGCUCAAACUCUUCAGGAGGAAUUCUGAGGAGCUCUCUGGACCCAAAGGGGCAAAGGAGAAGAUGAAGGAAGAGUCUUGGAACAUUCAUUUCUUUGAAUAUGGGCGAGGGAUGUGUAUGUACCGCACUGCCAAGACAAGGGAGCUGGUACAGAAAGGAAUCCCAGAGAAUCUCCGUGGAGAGCUGUGGCUCCUUUUCUCAGGGGCUUGGAAUGAGAUGGUGACUCAUCCUGGUUACUACGCAAAUCUUGUGGAAAAGUCAAUGGGAAGGUACAAUCUCGCUACUGAGGAAAUUGAGAGAGAUCUGCACCGCUCUAUGCCAGAACAUCCUGCCUUCCAAAACGAGUUGGGAAUUGCUGCCCUCCGGAGAGUCUUAACAGCUUAUGCAUUCAGAAAUCCAACAAUUGGGUACUGUCAGGCCAUGAACAUUGUCACUUCAGUGCUGCUGCUGUACUGCAAUGAGGAAGAGGCUUUUUGGCUCCUGGUGGCUUUGUGUGAGCGGAUGUUGCCAGAUUACUACAACACAAGAGUAGUGGGUGCAUUGGUGGACCAAGGCAUCUUUGAAGAACUUACACGAGAGUAUCUUCCACAGCUGUCAGAAAAGAUGCAGGACCUGGGAGUGAUCUCCACCAUAUCCCUUUCCUGGUUUCUCACUCUCUUCCUGAGUGUGAUGCCCUUUGAGAGUGCUGUAGUCAUUGUCGACUGUUUUUUCUACGAGGGAAUCAAGUUUAUUCUGCAGGUGUCAUUGGCCAUCCUUGAUGCCAACAUGGAGAAGUUACUACAGUGCUGUGAUGAAGGUGAAGCCAUGACUAUUUUGGGCAGAUAUUUGGACAACGUAGUUAACAGACAGAGUGUCUCUCCCCCUAUUCCCCACUUGCAUGCACUGUUGACCAGUGGAGAUGACCCCCCACUUGAAAUUGACAUUUUUGAACUCAUCAAAACUUCAUAUGAGAAAUUUGGCAAUCUGAAGGCAGAUGACAUUGAACAAAUGCGUUUCAAACAAAGGCUGAAAGUGAUCCAGUCUCUGGAGGAUACAGCCAAGAAGAGUGUGGUCCGAGCUGUGUCUGGUGACAUUGGUUUCUCUAUGGAGGAGCUAGAAGAGCUGUAUGUAGUGUUCAAGGCCAAGUACCUGAUGAGCUGUUACUGGGGGAACAACCGUGCAGCCGCUGCCCGCAGGGACCAGAGCUUGCCCUACCUGGAGCAGUACCGCAUAGACAUGGAGCAGUUCAAGGAGCUGUUCAUCAGCCUCACCCCCUGGGCCUGUGGGGCACACACCCCUGUGCUGGCAGGGCGGCUCUUCCGCCUCCUGGAUGAGAACAGGGAUUCUCUCAUCAACUUCAAGGAGUUUGUGACAGGAAUGAGUGGGAUGUACCAUGGUGACCUCACUGAAAAACUCAAAGUACUCUACAAACUUCACCUGCCUCCUGCUCUGAAUCCAGAGGAGACAGAGUCUGCUUUGGAGGCCACAAGUUAUUUCACAGAGGAUGUGACAACAGAAGUAUCUCCUUUUGUCUCAGAGCUGGAUAUCUGCCUGCACUGUGAGUCUCAAGAAACCCAGGAAGAUAAAGGAAGGAGAAAUGAGAAUGGUCCAGAAAAAGAAGAGAAAGGUACCAGUCCACAGGACUACAGAUAUUACCUAAGAAUGUGGGCCAAGGAAAAAGAGAACAAGAAAGAAACAAUUAAGGAUCUCCCCAAAAUGAGCCAGGAACAGUUCAUAGAGUUAUGCAAGACCCUUUACAACAUGUUCAGUGAGGACCCCGUGGAGCAGGAGCUGUACCACGCCAUCGCCACUGUGGCCAGUCUGCUUCUGCGGAUUGGGGAAGUUGGAAAAAAAUUCUCCAACAGGCCCACGAGGAAGUCUGAGGACUGCAAAGCAAACAAUACCCAAGAUCCUGUGAGUGAAGAAGAGUCACCAACAUCUGAACAGAGUCAGAAUUCAGCAGUGGAGCAGCAGCCCCAAGCUGACCAUGAGGACAAAACCAGUGUUGAUGCUCAGCCUGGAAAAACACAGCAGGAAAACCAAACUCUAGGAGAUGGGUCAGGGGAAGGACAAGGCUCUCCUUUACAGCUGCUAUCAGAUGAUGAAACCAAAGAUGAUAUGUCCAUGUCUUCCUACUCCAUGGUCAGCACGGGCUCCCUGCAGUGUGAAGACAUCGCAGAUGACACGGUGCUGGUCGGCUGUGAGGGCAGCAGUGCAGCUGCCAGGUAUGGCAGCACCAUUGACACUGACUGGUCCAUCUCCUUUGAGCAGAUCCUGGCCUCCAUGCUGACAGAAACAGCCCUGGUAAACUACUUUGAGAAAAAAGUCAACAUUCUCCAAAAGAUCAAGGAUCAGAAGAAAGUAGAGAGGCAGUUCAGUUCAUCCAGUGACUAUGAACUUUCCUCUGUGUCAGGGUGAACUCAAGAAAGCAGGAGUUGUCUUUGGGAGAUAAAACAGGAAGAUAGUGUGGCAGAUGGCAGGAUGGUUUGGUAUUUUCUGUUUGGGGUUUUUUUUUUGUUUAUUCAGAGACCAGUAACUACACAAUUACAAUAGAAUCCAGUUGAUAAGGGGCUCCUGACAGUGACUGCUUGUGUAGAUGUUCCUUUGGCUACUCUGGCUGAGAGAAUUAGAUUUACAUUCUUGAGAGCCAUUAGAACCUAAUAGCCCCUGACAUAUAGAAUUACCACCAUAAAUUAUGCAUGUCUGCCUUUUGCUAUCUUUUAUUUCAAUGAAGUUUUAUUUCAGACAGUAACUGCUCCUUGCCUGCCCUUGUUUGCUGUAGGUUCCUGGGUAACUUGCACAGCAGAUGCAGCAGCCUGGCUUGAAACCAUGCUCACCUCUGGCUGCCAGUCCGAGAGCUAAUGCAGUGUAAUCAAGUGCUAUAGGACUCUGACCUAUAAAUAAUCUUGUACGUUCCUGUAAGCUGUUCUGUGACUCAGCAGCUAUAAAGCAAAUGUGCCCCAGUGCUCCCAGCACCCUAAAAUCUAAACACAAGACAUUGCUCAGACCUGCAGGUUUCUUUCACAUGUGAUUUGGCAUUUUCAUAGUGUACGAUCACUUACUGUCUCCUCCAGAAUUCAGGAAUUUUCAGGCAGACCUGGUUUUCUAGCAUUUGCUUUUUUAUUUCUUUGAAAGCCAUUGGUUUUAAUUUGUCUGGGAAGCCACAAGCUCCUUGACUUCAGUGCAGAAGUGAUACUGAGUCAAUCAGUGGGCCCAUGAUGGUUAUAAUGAAGGAAUAAGUUCCUAAAAUAGAAGUCAGUGAAUCAGCCUCAGCAUUCCAGGGCAGUGGCACACUGGUCUGCUGGACUUUCCCUGUUGGUACAUUCACUGAUAAAUGCUGAUUCCCUGUCACUCCAUUCUGUUCACUAGCUAGUGAUGGGUCCGGUUUUUAGGAAGACCCCUGAGAAUACUCUGAUCAGUCAGCCCUCAAAAAUGCUUGGGGCAGAAAUUUGUGCAAGAGCACUGUGCCACCCACUGCUGCUCAGUGUCCUUUCUUGAGAGUUUAAAAAUGGACGUGCUUUUAGAAACUACUGCACAUCCAAGGGCAUUUGUACCUAAAGGGGAAGAAUUCAGAGCAGUGUAGCUCUGCCAUCAGCCCCUUAUGGGAAACCUCAAUACCAGAGCUCAUUCCAGUUAGAGACGAAAUAACUGGGAGACUGAGUGUUCUUUUAAAUCAGUUAAAACCAGAGGAAACUACGAGUUGCCCUUCUGGUAGCAGGGUGUGUUUUCCAAGGGAGGAGAAGUAAUGCUGUUACUACAGAUAAACUCAUCUCAGCACAGAAGCAGUGGCCUUGCAGGGGCAAGGCAAGAGACACUGCUGCUCAGGCAGAGCAGACCCCGCACUGAAGGCAAGGUUUGAUCCAGCUUUUGGCUGGCAUUUGGGAUCUAAAGGUAGGAAGGACACAUGUGGAUGUUCCCAUUUAACACUACUUGGUGUGCUACUCAGUGUUAAUUCAUCUUUGUGACAUUUUUGGUCUGUAUUCACAGCUGGUACAUUCUUAUUUCUCUGCCUCCUCUGUUCUGUAUCACUGGAGAGCAGCCAUUAGUAAAAUUGCUUUUACUAAUUAUUCAGUAAUUUAUUGUAAUUUUUUUAAAGUACAAAUAAUACAUGUGAUUUUACACAGUCUGUCUUACCUGUCAUGUAUUCAAUAAAUGAAUCAGAAUCCUA